AUGAGGAAUGCCGUGGUGGCAUGUAACCCACCAAAAGACAGACAAGAAGGUGCCGGCUCGGACUCUGUCAUUGCAGGGCGUCCUUCCCCACUGGCCAGAGAGAGCGAGCGCUUGGCCCUGUGCGGGGACGUUUUGAUUAAGCACCCACCGCAGAAACGACAGACCGCCUAUACGACGGUGGCUACACUAUUUUCCUUGCUGCUGCUUAACUUGGAGGAGUACUACUUUGAACAGCAUACAGUCAAUCAUGUUCAGCACAGGGGCCGUCCUGAUGAAAGGAAAAUCAGAGGGUCCUUAAAAAUAUGUUCAAAAUCAGUGAUUUUUGAACCAGAUACAAUAUCCCAGCCCAUCAUUAAGAUUCCUUUGAGAGAUUGUAUAAAAAUAGAAAAACAUAGAGAAAAUGGAGCCAAUAGACACUUUGCAAAGGCAAAAUCAAGUGGAAUUUCACUCAUUUUCAGUCAGGUAUAUUUCAUUAAAGAACAUAACAUUGUUGCACCAUAUAAAAUAGAAAGGGGCAAAAUGGAGUAUGUCUUUGAACUGGAUGUUUCAGGGAAAGUGGAAGAUGUUGUGGAAACAUUGCUUCAGCUUCACAGAGCAUCGUGCCUUAACAAACUGGGUGACCAAACUGCCAUGAUAACAGCUAUUUUGCAGUCACGUUUGGCUAGGACUUCAUUUGACAAAAACAGAUUCCAAAGUGUUUCUGAAAAGCUUCACAUGGAAUGCAAAGCUGAGAUGGUGACACCUCUGGUGACGAACCCUGGACACGUGUGCAUCACUGACACCAACCUGUAUUUCCAGCCUCUCAAUGGGUACCCGAAACCUGUGGUCCAGAUCACACUCCAGGAUGUCCGCCGUAUUUACAAAAGGAGGCACGGCCUCAUGCCUUUGGGCUUGGAAGUAUUUUGCACAGAAGAUGAUCUAUGUUCCGACAUCUACCUAAAGUUCUACGAGCCUCAAGAUAGAGAUGAUCUCUAUUUCUAUAUUGCUACAUAUCUAGAGCACCAUGUUGCAGAGCACACGGCCGAGAGCUACAUGCUGCAGUGGCAGCGAGGACAUCUGUCCAACUACCAGUACCUUCUUCACCUCAACAACCUGGCUGACCGGAGCUGCAACGACCUCUCCCAGUACCCUGUGUUUCCAUGGAUAAUAAAUGACUAUUCCAGCUCAGAAUUAGAUUUGUCAAAUCCAGGAACUUUCCGGGAUCUUAGUAAGCCAGUGGGGGCCCUGAAUAAAGAACGGCUGGAGCGGCUACUGACACGCUACCAGGAAAUGCCUGAGCCAAAGUUCAUGUAUGGAAGUCACUACUCCUCCCCAGGCUAUGUGCUCUUUUAUCUUGUUAGGAUUGCGCCAGAGUAUAUGUUGUGCCUACAGAAUGGAAGAUUUGAUAAUGCAGAUAGAAUGUUCAACAGUAUUGCAGAAACUUGGAAAAACUGUUUGGAUGGCGCAACAGAUUUUAAAGAGUUGAUUCCAGAAUUCUAUGGUGACGAUGUCAGCUUUUUAGUCAAUAGCCUGAAGUUGGAUUUGGGAAAGAGACAAGGAGGGCAGAUGGUUGAUGACGUGGAACUUCCCCCUUGGGCCCUGAGUCCCGAGGACUUUCUCCAGAAGAGCAAAGAGGCACUGGAAAGCCAUUAUGUGUCCGAAUUAAUUUACAAAACUUUGUUUCUAAACAGGGCAGUGACUGGAAUAGCAGUCUCUUGCAAUGGGUCUUCAGUCUUUACAACAUCACAAGAUUCCACUUUGAAGAUGUUUUCUAAAGAAUCCAAAAUGCUACAAAGAAGUAUAUCAUUUUCGAAUAUGGCUUUAUCAUCCUGUUUACUUUUGCCAGGAGACGCCACUGUUGUAAGCUCUUCAUGGGAUAACAAUGUCUAUUUUUAUUCCAUAGCAUUUGGAAGACGCCAAGACACAUUAAUGGGACAUGAUGAUGCUGUUAGUAAGAUCUGUUGGCAUGACAACAGGCUAUAUACUGCAUCGUGGGACUCUACAGUGAAGGUGUGGUCUGGUGUUCCUGCAGAGAUGCCAGGCACCAAAAGACAUCAGUUUGACCUGCUGGCUGAGCUGGAACAUGAUGUCAGUGUAGAUACUAUCAGUUUAAAUGCUGCAAGCACAUUGUUGGUCUCUGGCACCAAAGAAGGCACGGUAAAUAUUUGGGACCUUACUACGGCCACCUUAGUGCACCAGAUUUCAUGCCAUUCAGGGACUGUAUGUGAUACAGCUUUUAGCCCAGACAGUCGCCAUGUCCUCAGCACAGGAGCAGAUGGCUGUCUUAAUGUAAUCGAUGUGCAGACAGGGAUGCUAAUCUCCUCUAUGACAUCAGAUGAGCCCCAGAGGUGCUUUCUCUGGGAUGGAAAUUACAUUUUAUCUGGAAGUCAGUCUGGUGAACUGCUCGUUUGGGACCUCCUUGGAGCAAAAAUCAGUGAGAGAAUACAGGGCCACACAGGUGCUGUGACAUGUAUAUGGAUGAAUGAACAGUGUAGCAGCAUCAUCACAGGAGGGGAAGACAAACAAAUUAUGUUCUGGAAACUGCAGUAUUAAGUGCCUUUUCCUCUCUUGAAUGUUAAAUUGAACUCUAACGUAUUUUUAAACCAAACUUUUAAAUGAACUGGUGAAUGUGCAAUUAUAGUAAUUAGAAGUUUUACCACAUGGAAAAUUUGUGGUUUUAAACUUUCUAAGUCAUGGUGACUUCAUUGAAAGCCAUUAGUCGCCAUCCUCCAAGGCAGAUAAAAUACAGCAGUAUUAGGGAGAAGACAUGACAUCUGUGAGGCAGAUGAUCAUCCUAGUAAGACGACGGUCAGGAGACAAGAUCGGGCAGCACAGAGUAGCUAAGAGAUACUAAACUGGGCUGGAGGAACUUACCAGAAAGCACUGAAGAAUUUAGAAUUGCCCUAGAAAACGUGCAGUAUUCUCUACUACUUCUCAGUCGCUCUGUUUUGUCUUUCUGCUCUACCACAAUUGCUGCCCAUUGGGUUUUUGGUUAUGUGUGUUUUCAUGGAGUGGUUACUUCUAUAAUGCUGUACCCAGAUUCUAAGAACCUGGGGAAGGAUUAGCAGUUCUUAUAACAGUAAGUUUAUUCUGUUAUAGGAAUUGUUUGUAUUUCAUUAUAGCUGUCAUCUUUUCUAUAUUAAAAAUAUUUUUCUGUAA